GUGAAAAUACAGCAAGUGUUUUGGUUGGAUGUAACGUAUCGAUCUAACCAAUCGAAAACAACGAUACAUAGUGUGUUCGUCAUUGCUCCAAAGAUGGCAGCUUCAAUGCUGCGACUUAUACCGUCAGUGUGCAAGAAGGCUGUAAUUCUAAGCAAACCCAGUGCUACAAAUGUUCAAAAUGUCCAAUGUUUACUUCAUAAAUUAACGAUCCAGCCCGUUAGAUAUGGAUCAUUUUUUAACAGAAAAUCCCAACGACAACUAUGGGAUAGUAUAACAUCAGUAAGUAGCCAGGGUCGUAAAAGAGGCAGAGCCAGUCGAAAUAAACUUAGACAAGCAGAAAACCUCAGCAAAACUUCUCAUGAGAUAGGUGGAGCCAAGAUGGUAUUUCCUGGACUCACAAAGCGCAUUGAACAACCCAGUGAAGAGAGAUUCUCUCUGCCGAGAAUGUACCAAGUAGAAGAAGUCCCAGAAGCCCGUGAUAAAAAGAAGAUUCGGAAGUUCAAGAAGAGAGCUUUUGAGAGAGGUUAUUCAGGGCGAUCAAAUCCAGGACGUAAAUUUGGACCGCCAGAUCCGGUGGAUGGAUAUACCUUUGAUGGCUUUGAGAGUGUAGUGCUUCAAGCCAAGCGUGUGAGCCAUACGACAGCUACCCAGGGUAAAGUCUAUCAGGGCUGGCUGUUAGUUGCUGUUGGAAACGGCAAAGGAUUGAUAGGACUGCAGUAUGCAAAGAAUCCUCUAGGAUUUAAAGCCAUAGUUACAGCAAAGAACAAGGCCUCAAAGCAUUUGUUGCAUGUGGAUCUUCUAGAUAACCAUACAAUUAUGCACAACUUCACUGAAAAAUACCACCAUUCAACGGUCAUCUGCUUUCAGAAAUAUGAAGGGUACGGUCUGGUGUGCCACAGAGUGAUCAAGUCCCUGUGUGAGCUCAUAGGCAUCAAGGACAUCUAUGUACGUGUGGAGGGCAACAAAUCCAACAAGCUGGCAAUCUGCAGGGCCUUCAUCAACGGACUCCUCAAACAGAAAUCUCACCAAGACAUGGCAAACGAGACAGGCCACCACAUUGUUGAGUACAGCUGUGACCGCUACAGCCAGUACCCAAAAGUGUUGGCCUCCCCUGACCCUGAGGCCAAGGAGGUAGCGACCUUUAAGAAGGACCAGGGCUUCAAUUAUGAGCACUGGUGCAUGGGCAACAAGAUACCCAAUAUAAAACCACGUACGAAGCAUCUCUUCUUCAGGAACUUUCAGAGCUAUAAGAAGAAGCAGUUUAUUCAGUACAAAUUCAGAAAUCAAAUUCCUGCUAAGCUAAAGAGAAAAGCGUUGAAUUUGUGAAAUGUGACUUGUGACAUUGAAAGAUUUGUUGAGUUCAUAUAUAUUUAAAGAUCAAUAAAUGUAAAUGUAAAAUAAAAAAUGACUACAGUA